AUGCUUACCUCGAUCAUCGUCAAGGCCGAGAUCAUCUCACUUCGUCCGUCAAACCAUCGGCUGAUUGAAGCGAGCAUUUGUACUCUCAUCAAGUUGGGGAAAGACCGAACUCCUCGCAAGUUGGAUAUGGUCAAAGCUGGCAUCAUUGAUAGUUGUCUUGUGCUACUCCCUACUGCACCUAGUACCCUGUGCUCAACAAUAGCAGAACUUUUCCGUAUACUGACAAAUAGUAGUGCAAUUUCAAAAAGCUCAGCUGCCGCAAAAAUUGUAGAACCUCUGUUCUUGUUGUUGCUUCGGGCAGACUUCAACCUUUGGGGACAACACAAUGCGCUGCAAGCACUGGUUAAUAUAAUAGAGAAGCCGCAAAGCCUUGCAACCUUAAAACUUACCCCCAGCCAAAUCAUCGAGCCUCUGAUUACAUUUCUGGAAUCCCCAUCUCAAGCUAUCCAGCAGCUUGGGACAGAAUUGCUCUCCCAUCUGCUUGAACAAGAGCAUUUUAAGCAAGAUAUAACAACAAAAAAUGCUAUUGUGCCCCUUGUACAACUUGCAGGGAUCGGAAUAUUAAGCUUGCAGCAAACUGCAAUAAAGGCCUUGGAAAGUAUCUCUUUAAGCUGGCCAGAGGCUGUUGCUGAUGCUGGUGGUAUUUUUGAGCUUGCGAGGGUUAUUAUUCAAGAUGAACCCGAACCAUCUGACACAUUACUGGAAUCAGCAGCUCUGGUUCUCUCUAAUGUUCUGCGCUCUAAUCCAGACUAUUACUUCAAAGUUCCACUGGUGGUUCUUGUGAAAAUGUUGCACUCGGUACAAGAGGGCACAGUUAAACUUGCUCUUGAUGCACUGAUUGUUCAAGAAAAGACUGAUGCUGCAAGUGCUGAACUGAUGGUCGAAGCUGGUGCUGUAGAUCCUCUACUAGAUCUGUUAAGAUCUCAUCAAUGUGAAGAAGCCUCAGGAAAACUGAUUGAAGCUUUAUUUAAUAAUGCACGAGUACGAGAGAUGAAGGUAUCUAAAUACGCUAUAGCACCCCUAGCACAGUAUUUACUGGAUCCACAAACUCGGUCACAGUCUGGUAGGCUUCUUGCAGCUCUUGCUCUUGGUGAUCUCUCCCAGCAUGAAGGACUUGCCAGAGCCAGUAGUUCUGUAUCAGCCUGUCAAGCACUAAUAAGCUUGCUUGAGGAUCAACCAACAGAAGAGAUGAUUAUGGUGGCGAUUUGUGCAUUACAAAACUUUGUCAUGCAUAGUCGUACCAAUAGAAGAGCUGUUGCUGAAGCAGGAGGUAUAUUGGUAAUUCAGGAAAUGCUAUUGUCUGCAAAUUCAGACAUUGCAGUGCAGGCAGCUCUGCUGAUCAAGUUUUUAUUUUCAAAUCAUACACUCCAGGAAUAUGUAUCAAAUGACCUUAUUAGGUCAUUGACAGCUGCAUUGGAGAAAGAACUGUGGGCUAGUGCAAGUACUAAUGAAGAGGUUUUAAGGACCAUGCAUGUCAUAUUCACCAACUUCCCAAAGCUCCAUAUUUCUGAAGCAGCUACACUUAGUAUUCCUCAUUUGGUAGCAGCAUUAAAAUCUGAUAAUGAGGCUGCACAAGAUUCUGCUCUAAACACCUUGUGUUUGCUGAAACAUUCCUGGUCAACCAUGCCAAUAGAUGUCUCAAAAUCCCAAGCAAUCAUUGCUGCAGAAGCGAUACCAAUCCUGCAAAGUCUCAUGAAAACUUGCCCGCCAAGUUUCCAUGAUAGAGCUGAUAGCCUGUUGCAUAGAUUGCCAGGUUGUUUAACUGUUACUAUUAACCGUGCAAAAAACCUAAAGCAAGUCAUGGGAGGUACAAAUGCCUUUUGUCGAUUAACCAUUGGUAAUGGUCCUGCAAGGCAAACAAAGGUUGUGAGCCACAACAUGUGUCCAGAAUGGAAAGAAAGUUUUACCUGGGCCUUUGAUAUACCACCGAAGGGCCAGAAGUUGCACAUAAUAUGCAAAAGCAAAAGUGCAUUUGGAAAGACAACUCUAGGGAGGGUGACAAUCCAAAUUGACAAAGUUGUGAGUGAAGGGACAUACAGUGGUGAAUUCAGCCUGAGACAUGAUAGCAACAAAGAUGGCUCCUCGCGAACAAUUGAAAUUGAGAUUACUUGGUCGAAUAGGUUAUCAGAUGAAACUGUGUGAAAGAAGUUAAAUCAUCCUCACAUGACUAAACACAAAAUAGCUCCUGAAAAGCUUUUCAACCAUGUUUUGGAGAAACUGCUAUAUUGCAACCUUUCAUGAUGCAAAUGGAUGUUCGCUGGUCAGUAACUGAGUAUGCAUAUUGGCAGAAUGAUCACUUUGGUAGCUCUGGUAAAUUUCUGACCUUGAAAAAUGCAAAUGGUUGAAAUAUUUUUAGAGGCAAAGAAAACGGAGAGACUUUAUUAUGUUGGGGUGGAGGGAGAGAGAGAGAAGGGGGGGGGGGGGUGGAGGCGAAAUCAUCGCUGGAUAUUGCAGUAAGUUUUGUUGUACAGUUAACCCUGUAAAUGCUGCUAUAUGUAUGUUCACAGAAGAAUAGCAUAAUUGCAAGGGGAAUGAACUUUGACCUCAACAGCUCUUUUUCAUGGCCAAAGGGGUCGCAGCUGUUUGCUUCACUUUUGUAUACUCCAAGAUAUGUUUCCAAUUAAAAGCAGCAGUAGUUGCAAAUGUAAUUAUGCAAGAAAUGAGGUGUCAAAUUUCUAUACCACCUGUAUAUGGUCUCCAGUUUGUUCUAAACUGCAUUAUUUUCUCUUCAAGGCUAA